UCUUUCGAUUUCUGUUGAUCUUGUUGAGCUUCCCUUAUGGAAAAAAGUAAACGAACAUUAGUUCCAGAAUGGCUGAGGAGUAAUGGCACUGUUACUGGGGGUGGUAAUUCAGCCCAUCACGGUGCUUCUUCCCCUUCUUCUAUCUCAGAUGUUUCUUCUUUGGUGAAUCAUUGGAGACAUAGGAACUCUAGGAAAACAAGCGAUUUUGAUUCCCCUCGUUCAACAUUUUUGGAUCGGACACAUUCGUUGAAUUCAGGGAGGAGUUUUAGUAAUGUUUCUGGAAAACAUGCUUAUAGUAGCUUUAGUAGGAAUCACCAUGAUAAGGAUCGAGAAAGAGACAAGGAGAGAAUGAGCUUUGGGGACCAUUGGGACUGUGAUUCUUUUGACCCUUUAGAAAGUAUGUUAACUAGGAGGGUCGAGAAAGAUACAUUGCGGCGUUCUCAUUCUAUGGUGUAUAGGAAACAAGGUGGGGCUUUGCCUCGAAGGAUUGCUGUGGACUCUGGAGAUAAUGGUAACAGUAACCAUUACAUUACCAAUGGUUUUCAUUCUGGGGGUAAUAUUGGGAGUAGCAUCCACAAGGCUGAGUUUGAGAAAGAUUUUCCCUCACUUGGAAGUGAAGAGAGGCAAGGGGUGCCUGAGAUAGCUAGAGUUUCUUCUCCUGUUUUGCGCUCAGCUUCUCAAAGUGCUUCUGUUGGUAAUUCAGCUUUGAUUGAUGGAGAGGGAUGGACCUCAGCUUUGGCAGAAGUGCCGAGUGUGGUUAGAAGUAGUAGCACAGGUUCCUCGCCUGCCCCUCAAACUGCUUCCACCACAAGUUCUGGGGCUCCAAGUGUCCCAUGUGGUCUUAAUAUGGCUGAAGCACUAGCACAAGCUCCUUCACGAACCCCUGCUGCUCCCCUGGUAUCUGUCACGACUCGAAGGCGUGAGGAACUGGCUAUUAAGCAAUCAAGGCAACUAAUCCCAGUGACACCUUCGAUGCCUAAGGUUUCUGUUUUAAAUUUAACUGAUAAAUCAAAAGCCAAACCUACAACCAGAAUAAGCGAGAUGAAUAUAGCUGUCAAGAGUGGAUCACAGCCUUCGCCUUUGAUUCAUCAAGGUAAUCACUCUCCUCACAAUGGACAUGUCAAGUCUGAUAUGCCAAAGAUAUCCGGGAAGCUUUUGGUUCUCAAACCUGGAAGGGAUAAUGGGGUCUCAUCCCCUACUCAAAAAGAUACUGCUAGUUCAACAAAAAUUGCGAACAACAGAGUUACAAUUAGUCAACAUGCUGUUGUUCCUGUUAAUUCUGCUUCUACAAGAAACUCAAAAGUCCUGAAGCUUUCUGCUGGGGAAUGCAAGGCAGCUGCCAUUAGUCCAAUAGCUGUGUUCACUGUGGAAAAGAAAGUUUCUUUGGCUCAAACCCAGAGCCGAAAUGAUUUUUUUAAUCUCCUGAAGAAGAAGAACUCAACAAACUAUUGUGGUCUCUCAGAUUCAGAUUCUCAAAUUUCAUCAUCCGUUAUAGAGAAAUCUGAAGUUGGGAAGGAAGUAAUUGGUGUUUCUGCGACUGCUUAUGCUAAUGAUGGUACUGCAACAGCUAGUAAUGGUGACAUUUGUUCUGGUGACAAGAAAAAGGAUAUGAGCCCCGUUGAUAUGCCUUAUCCCGAUGAGGAAGAGGCUGCAUUCCUUCGUUCUCUUGGGUGGGAAGAAGGCACUGGUGAGGAUGAGAGCCUUACGGAAGAUGAGAUCAAUGCUUUUUAUCAGAAGUACAUGAAACUGAAGCCAUCUCUGAAACUAUUCCGUGGCAUGCAACCAAUUGUAUCGCAGUCAGUUGCAAAUAAUUUGGAUGGAGCUUCUUCUGAAUCAAGCUCAUCCGACUCCGGGUCCGAAGCUUGAGUUUUCUUUCUUCCGUACAUAGUCAAUC